AUUCCUCCGCUUACCAUAUAAAUACAUAAGAUAAGUCCAUUAUUGACAGUUACGAUCGUCUCUCUUCUCCAACGCUUCUGAUCUCCUCUUUCGUUUCUGUAUUUUGAGUUAGCAAUGAAGCCAGGAGGAUCAGGAUUGAAUCCAAACGCAGCAGCUUACGUACCAAUCUCCAAAAGAGACGGUGAUUCUGCAAAGCCUGCUGCUGCUGUCACACAUCCCUAUGCAGCUGAUGGUUAUGGAGUUCAAGGAAAGGGAAGUUAUCAAAUGUACAUGCCAAAGACGGCUACAUCCUCUGAGAAGAAGAUGAGUGAGGAAGAUUUGGAGAUGGACGUGGACAUUGAGUUUCUUUUAGCCACGUUCUCUGACUUGUCAUAUGAGUCUAUCAGUGAUGUGUACUUGGCCAACAAUGGUGAUCUGGAUGCAACUAUCGAAAUGCUGACUCAGCUCGAGAUUUUCAGUAAUGAAGCCGAGGAGUACCUCCCAGACACACUGGACAUUGGCGAUGUACCUGAAACCAUCGAGCCUUCUACUUCAUCAGCUCCAAAGCAGACGAAUGCAAGUACAUCAACAUCCUCCCGUACCCCAAACGCUCCCUCCUCCUGAUUUGAUGAGUCUUUAAAAUGUGAGGAUUAAGAAAAAAACAUUCUUGCAAUGGAUGAUGAUGAUGAUAUGAGGUUGAUGGGUUAUCUUGGGAGAUCUCUUUACUAUGUUUUCCUUCCCCGCUGCUUUGUUACAUUGGAGAAAAAGAGAGAGUACAAUGUAUAGAUUUUUGAAAAUAUCAAGUGUGAGUGUUGAGAAUUGGGAUUGUUCUUAUGGUGGACAAAGCUAUGAAUCAUUAGCCACUGAUGAUGCUAUUUUGGCCA